GUGUGCCCGUCGACCGCCGGUGUCCCCAGGCUUCCCGCGGGCCCAGGCUCGCCGCCUCGGUUGCGGCUGUGGUGCCCCGACUCUAGAGGCCAAGAACCGCGGCGACGAAGGCCCCCGCCCUUCUGCUCGUGGCGAGCCCCAGCGGUUCCUGCCUACAACCGCGAGCCCCGGGCUCGCUCCCUCCACCUUUCAUGCGCUCCAAGGCUGCGCCGACUGUGGCGCUCCGGUCCAAGAAGUUGGCGACUUUGUCGCGCUCCACGAUGGCGCCGACAGUGGCGCUCCGGUCCAAGAAGCCGGCGACUUCGUCGCGCUCCAGGACGCCGCCUACCGUGGCGCUCUAGUCCAAGAAGCCGGUGCCUUAGUCGCGCUCCAGGACACGACAAACCGUCGCGCUCCAGGACGCCGCAGACCAUCGCGCUCCAGGACGCCGCUGACCGUGCCGCUCUGAUGCAACAAGGCGACGCCUUCGUCGCUCUCCAGGAUGUUGCUCGUGGCCUUGUUGGUCUCCUCCAGGGCCCAGCGAGCCCCCCAGCAAUGCCCACGAGACCAACCAGACGAGCUCCAGGAGCCGCGUCGCGAAGCAUCGCCUCGGCGAGCCUCGACCUGGAGAGGCAAAAUACAAAGUCUGAGAGACAAGAAGAAGGUGGAGCUGGCACCCAGCAACAAACAAGGGGGAAAACCCAGUAAGAAACAAGGGGAAAAUCAAGGUGGUUCAAAUAUUCUGUCGAGCAAGCUAAGCCCAGCCGUUGACCAACAUCUUGCCUCAUCCAUGAUUCGUCCCAUGAGUUGUGGAGCGGAGCAUAUGUCAUCAUUUAACACACGCUGGGAGCAACUGCAGUUGCAUCAUCCAAUUGUUUUUGAGAGGAAGGCAUUAUUGAUGGGAGUUCACCAUUGGUGCAAGGUUGAGAAAAGGGCGCCAAGCUUGCUGAUGAUCAUCAUCCAGAGCUGCUUGGAGAAACUGCAAUCUGCGAGCAAAUGGGUGGCCGUCUCCGGCGUAGCACAGCAAAGCGAGCAAAAUGGGUUGUGUGGGAUGCCCUCGAUAGCCAGGUUGUCAGGCGCCGCCCUGGUGGACCGUAUGAGUGCUCUAUCGUCUGACCGCACGGCUCCUUCGAAUUGGCAUAGGUACGCCGACUUGGCGGUGUAGUUGCCACCCGCGGUCCAGCGCCAAGUCACCGUGUCCUCCACUUCAUCAUUGAAACUGAUACCCGCCGCUAUCUCUGAUAGGCAACGGAGCUGUCUGAGCACCAGCGCAGAUGGAUUGGGCUUAACAAGGCGAAAGUCAGCAAAAGAUAUGAACACAAAUGACAACGUUGAAACGCGAAAGUCAGCAUGAUCUUUUCAGCGAAAUGGCAAAUUGUCAAAUGAACACCAGUGUUGGCCCAUGUGACCGAUCGACAACGCUCUUGACAUAUACUACUCACCCCCACAAGACCGACGCGCCUUGGCCCGGUGCGAGAGGGUAGAUGGCCCUAUCCAACAACACUUGGGUGCACGAGAGAUUUGCGGCGAGGUCUGGUGGUUCCUUCUUGAGACGCGAGCUCGCUCUUCCUGACAAUCGCGAGGGCGGAUGGCUGGAGUCCGGCUACUCAUGCAAUGUGUAUGUGUUCAAGAGAGUUUGAGACCAGGCAACGUGUAUGUGUUUCAAGUGAUGUGAAAGCCUAUUUCGAGAGUUCGAGACCACACAACAUGCAUAUAUUUCAAGUCAUUUUUUCAUUCAAAAUUG